GUAGGGGUGUGAGAGCCGCGGCUACCGGGAACGGGCUGGAACGGAGAGGAAGAGGAAAGGAGAACAUCGGGGGGCGGGCAAGAAAAGGGUCAGAGGUCGUGCCAGAGGGAGGGUUAAGUGAAGGGACAGUUUCCCUGGGGUUGGCAUGAGUUGACCUUUGGCCCUUCUGUCGCCCAGGCCAUGGCCCCCCGGCGGCCCCCGGAGCUUUACCGGGCUCCCUUCCCCCUCUAUGCCCUGCGCGUGCAUCGCGAGGCUGGUCUGGCUCUGAUCGGGGGUGGCGGCGGAGCUGCCAAGACCGGCAUCAAGAAUGGCCUGCAUUUCUUGCAACUGGACUGGAGGGGAGGUGACCUGUCUGCUUCACUAUUGCACGCACAUGACACAGAGACACGGGCCACCAUGACCAUGGCAUUGGCAGGGAACAUCAUUGCCGCAGGGCAGGAUGCCACCUGCCACAUCCUGAACUUCCACCUGCAGCAACCCAGUCAGAAAGGGGGUACUGGUGAUUCUGCCCCCAGUAAAGCAAGUGGCGAUGAGAAGGGUCCCAGGAGGCGCAAGGCCCCCCCGGCCAGUGGGCCUGGUAGCACCAGUGACACACGCAAGGAGACAAAUGAAGUGACUGUGGAAACCCUGCACCGUGUCCAGACGGAUACCAGUCCUGACGCCCUGCAGAAGGCUGUGUGCUUCAGUGAUGACCACACCCUCCUGGCCACUGGUGGCGUGGAUGGAUUCCUACGGGUCUGGGAGUUUCCCAGCAUGAAGAAAACCCUCGAGUUCCAGGCCCACAAUGGGGAGAUUGAGGACAUAACGCUGAGUCCAGAUAAUAAGGUCGUGACGGUGGGCCGGGACUUCCAAUGCUGCGUGUGGCAGAGGGAUCAGUUGGUGACUGGGCUGCACUGGAACGAGAACCUUCCAGGCAUCCCGGAUAAGGCCUACCGCUACCAGGCUUGCAGGUUUGGGACAGUGGAAGACCAAGCCAAGGCUCUGCGGCUGUACACGGUGCAGAUCCCUUACAAGCGGGAGCGACGACCACCCCCUUGCUACAUUACCAAGUGGGAUGGGCACAGCUUCCUGCCCUUGCUCACCCGGCCUUGCGGCAACGAGGUCAUCUCCUGCCUCUCCAUCAGCGACACUGGCACGUUCCUGGGUCUGGGCACUGUGACGGGCUCCGUUGCCAUCUUUGUUGCCUUCUCGUUGCAGAGGUUGUACUAUGUACGGGAGGCGCAUGGCAUUGUGGUCACCGCUGUGGCCUUCCUGCCCGAGACCCCUGAGCUGCUGAAGGACAACGAGGCGGCCCUGCUGAGCGUGGCUGUGGACAGUCGCUGCCGUCUGCACCGGAUCCCCUGCCGGCGGAGUUUCCCGGUGUGGCUGGUACUGCUCUUGUGUGCCGGACUGCUGGUGGGCACGGUCCUGCUGCUACAGCUGGCCUUCCCCGGAUUCCUCUAGCCCUCCUUGUGCCGGAUCGAGCGUUGGGAAAGCUUGGACUCUGCUCUGGCCUCCCUGGGGGGCUGCGUUGACCCCAUUCCUGGGCUCGCAGACUGGAGAGUGAUUCAGAACGCCGGACAAGAGUCACUCUGCUUGAACGUCUGCUCAGAUGUGCUCGGCUGAGAGCUGCUUGCCCUGAGACGGGGGGCAGGGCCUCGCUUGGAUUGAGUCCCGGGCAUGAACUUCGGCCCUCUUUGUCUCAUCCCCUGGGGGAGGACACACACCCCCUCCGUUUUUCUUGACUGUUCGGUUGAAACAUUCCAGCCUCUGAGCGGGUAAGUCCCAUUCCAUCUGACGGAGAAAGUCUCGCAGCUACAAUUAAA